CGCCCCCGUUCGUCCGCUGCAGACGCUGGUCGCUCAUCGAACUCCCUUACCCGCUGCAUGCGCGGUUCCCUCAUGGCGACCGGCAAUCCUCGGCACUUCAUGGUGCCAACCCACCACAUCGCCCAUCCUUAGCCUGGUUCCUCAAGCUCGCUUCUUCGUCAAGGGCCACGAGUAUCAGCCAUCUCAGCGUAAGCGCAAGCGGAAACAUGGGUUUCUUGCACGCAACAAGAGCGUUACGGGCAGGAAGAUCUUGGUUCGUAGGAGGGCCAAAGGCAGAAAGUUCCUGAGCCAUUAGAAUCUCACACCUCGCACUGAAGAUGAAGCCAAUUUUGCAUUAUUCACCGCGCGCGCUCUCGCGCUGGCUACAGCACUUUGACCCCUGGGGCAUAGAUAAAGAAGGGUGUAGACAGGCUUCCUCCUGCGAUGCGAGAACUGUACAUCAAUCACCGAUGACAACACGUUUCAUACAGCUAUGCUGUUUCUAUUCUAUUGAACUCCACGUCUCCUAGUACUUCCCUGUCCAGUUGAUCCAUAGAGCGAUCACAGAGAAAUUCC